AUGACCGUUGCAGUGGAGAGUGCUAUCUUAGAUGCAUUCUCUUUUAAUACAAUCAAGACCUUUGAAGAACAGGAAAAGGAGGUAGAUAAAGCGACCUUAGCCGCUAUCGCAAAUAUUUUUGUCAGACACAAUAUGCACAUGAAGCUAGGAGCCGGGCUUCUCCAUCGCCACGAGACACUCCAAAAUGGAACUCUGAUGAUCCACGAGAUCCAAACUGGCGAAUCCGAUAUAUGUACCCCAAAGACCCUCAUGAGUAUCGACGCCGACAAGAUUAUACCGAACUCGUGGUUUCUCAACCAGAAUGGCCUAUUCCAAGCAUUCGAGUACAAUGCCAACGGCGAGGCGACUCAUCUUGAAGCAGAAUUUGCUUCAGAACUUGCUCUCUUUCUCAAAACUCACGGCUUACAAAACCGGAUCUCCAUCAUACCGAAUCCCGCAGACAGAGAGAAUUUCAUUGAAUUCACGCAUCCCAGUGGGCGCGGCACUAUCAGUGUACCCCUGCGCCUUAUCUCCGAGCAAGAGGUUGAGACGAGUGAACCUGUCAUCACUGGAUGGAGCUUCCAUGUUAAUGAAUUUGGAGUUGUUGAGUGCAAAGGGAAUAAUGUGUGUGCUCCCUUGCGCUCUGGAAAUCACAAAGUGUUCCAGGACUCGAAGCCAUAUACGGAGCAUGAAGCCAAGGUCAUGACUCGGUAG